AUGGAUGCCGGGGCCACCCUAUCUCACGACGAUUACACGGUCGGGUGGAUAUGCGCCUUACCGCUCGAGAUGGCGGCUGCGAAGCUGAUGAUGGACGCAAUACACCCAAGCCUGCCGAGUCCAUCAACUGAUCAAAACACAUAUAUUCUAGGAAAUAUUGGGGAACAUAACAUUGUUAUUGCCUGCCUACCAGGCGGUGCAUAUGGCAACGUGUCGGCCGCGACAGUGGCGAUGCAGUUGCUUUCAAGCUUCCACUCUAUUCGAUUCGGGCUAAUGGUUGGUAUCGGUGGAGGAAUACCAAGCAGCAACGCAGACAUCCGACUAGGCGAUAUCGUGGUGAGCCAGCCAAGAGAUACGUUUGGAGGCGUAAUCCAAUACGAUCUUGGGAAAGUGUUACACGACGGUCAAUUCCAGCGGACCGGGAUGUUGAACCGGCCGCCGAAGGUUCUGCUUACCGCUCUCGCUACACUGCAAGCCCACCACCUUACGGAAGAUAGUCGAGUUGUGGAGUUCAUUUCCAACAUCCAUCUCAAAACCACAUCUCGUAAAGCUACAACUUUUACUCGACCUACCCAAGAGGACCGACUUUACCAAGCAGAAUAUAAUCAUAGGGCAGCUGACACAUAUGCGGACUGUGACCGAUCGAAACUGACUCCACGACCCGCUCGAGCACACGAUGAACCAGUGAUUCACUAUGGACUGAUUGUAUCCGUAAAUCAGGUGGUGAAAGAUAGUAGACGGCGAGACCAACUAGCGCAGGACUUGGGGGUGUACUGCAUCGAGAUGGAAGCGGCGGGGCUCAUGAAUGACUUUCUAUGUCUGGUUAUUCGAGGCAUCUCUGCAGCGGCUUAUGCCAAGGAGCUGCUUUUGGUAGUUCCUAUCAAUCAGGUUGACAAUACUCCCACAGUACGAGAUACUCUAGUGAAUUCUGUUAAUCGCUUUAAGAUCCUGUUGGAUCUGACUACAGUGCCUGUAAUCGAAAAUUUUGUGGGCCGGGAAGCCGAGCUAGACCACCUGUGGCAGUUUUUCAACCCGAUAGAUUCCCAAUCACGAAAGGUUGCAAUUCUUCAUGGGCUUGGUGGAAUAGGCAAAACACAGCUGGCGGUCCGUUUCGUGCGAAAACAUAAAGACGAUUUCACCGCUAUCUUUUGGUUAAGUGGUAAAGAUCGAGGCACGCUCCUGCAAUCAUUGAGCUCUGUCUUGCCUUGGUUACCGGGGCAAUCCCAAACAAAUGAGGCGACCGGUGACGAGCAAAUUGAACAACGCGCUCGACAAGUCUUACAGUGGCUGGCAAGCAACGGCAACUCGCGCUGGUUAAUCAUUUUGGACAACAUUAAUCAAUACUCCCCCCGUCGAUAG